AUGGGUCAAGGAAUAGUGGGGUUACCUGGAUCGGGAUCGUGUGCUGCAGCAGCAUCAGCUGCAGCAGCAGGAGCAGGAGCAGGAGCAGGAGCAGCAGCAGCAGGAGCAGCAGGAGCAGCAGCAGCAGCAGCAGCAGCAGGAGCAGCAGUAAUGUGUGAUUAUGAUUUACGUCCUUGUUGGUCAUUUACAAUUUUAUUAAAAGAAAUUGUUCAACAACAAAUGGCUAUAUUAUGGCAUAAUUAUCUACAUACUCCUCCUGCUGCUGCUGCUGCUGCUGCUGCUGCUGCUGCUGCUGAUGGUGAUGGUGCUGCUGCUACUGCUGCUGCUGAUGGUGCUGCUGAUGGUGCUGCUGAUGGUGCUGCUGAUGGUGAUGGUGGUAGCGGUGGAGAAGGAUCUUGUUGUGUUAUAAGGUGCCUCGUUAUGAAAUAA